AUACCUAAAUCAACAAAGAAAAUCGGUCUAGUAUAUAACGAUGGUUUAGAUACCUCGUGUAUGCUAUUGUGAUUGGAAGAAAAAGGAUAUCGAGUUAUCGCUUAUAUUGUAAAUAACGAUUCUUUGGAAAGUAAAUACUGUAGUAAGGAUUUGAAUGUAGGCAAGUAUGUAUUGGACAAGAAGGUCAUAAUAGAAGAUCUCAGAGACGUUUUCCUGUCUUCGUUUGUGUGGCCGGCUAUUGCACGUGGAGUGCUUUACGGGGUGUAUAAACACCUUUUAGGCACAACAAUCGCUCGGCCAUGCAUUAGCAAAGCCCUAACAAGAAUUGCAAAAUCUGAAAAUGCAUUUCUAAUCGUUCAUGAUGCGACAGGAAAAGCUACUACAACCUCUAUCCCGACAUCCAGUUACAGACUUUUAUACAAAGUUAUCAGAAAGAUCAGAUUUGUUAAAGUAUGCACAACAAAACGGAAUACCUAUUUCAGUAAAUAUUACUAGUCGGGUAUUUUAGAAAAUUCUGAUACAUCAGUCCCAAAACAAAUAUAUAAAGUGAGCGAUGAUCCAUUAAAUUCUUCGACGGAACCAGAAGAAAUAGAAGUUAAUUCUGACCAGGAGUAUCAUCCAUCGUAUGUCAGAGAAUUAAAGAAUAACGAGAUAUUUCUUGUCCCGCUCAAAAUAAUGCAAUAUUUAAAUUAAAUCGAUGAUAUACGUGGUAUAGAACGUAUUGACAUUGUUGAGAAACGUUUUAUUAACUUCAAACUCUUAUUACUCUUAUUACUUUUCGAUCUUACAGUUACUUACAGCGAGAGUCUAAUUCGAAUGAAUGUAAGAGGAGAUUUCGAGUUUGAAGAUGAUUUCAUUCGUACGCAAGCUUACAUAUUAAAAAAAUUUAGUCGUUCCAAGAAAGAAUUAUCCAGAUUUUAAGUAUGAUAUAUAAAAUGCAUUAAAAUGUGUAAUAUUUCGUGAAAAGAAUAUAGCGCUCGAGUUUAACAAAUUUUUGCGUAAUUAUUGACAAAUCGUUUAGGAGGUAUUGAAAUGAACUUUUCAAUCAUCGAGUUUCAAUCUUAAGACAUUUUUUAUUCUAGUCUGUAAUGUUUAUACAUGAGUUAUUUUAAGAGGAUGAGGUAAUAAUGAAAAACUAUCGCAACAAUUACUUUCAAUUAGUUAUUAAUAAUUAAACCGCAGGUAAUUAGUAUAUUUGUAAAGAUUAUAAUAACGUGUAAUAUGCAUUGUUUUAUCUGUAUUAAUUAGUAUAUACAAUAUUUCUUAUUCAUUCUAACAGAUUCGCAACAUAAGGGAAAACGUCAAACACGGGACAAUAAUAUUUCAGUUAGUAUCUCUUCUAUCGACGACUAUACAACACUCUUUCGUUCUGUCCAUUUCGCUCGCUCACUCUCUCUGCUUGUUUUACGCUCUGUAUUUAUAUAUGUAUAUCUUUAUAUAUAUAUAUAUAUAUAUAUAAUGCAUAUGUAUAUGCAUAUAUAUAUGCAUAUAUAUAUAUGCAUAUGUAUAUGCAUAUAUGCAUAUAUAUAUGCAUAAUAAUAUAUGCAUGUUAUAUUUAUAUAUAUAUAUAUAUAUAUAUAACAUACAAAAUUAUAAACUAAGAAGGGUAAUUCUGUAUAUGCUUAUGAAUAAUAAUCUGCAGUAACUUUGUAUUCACUUGCCUCGUAACAUUAAUUCAAAUAUGUGAUAAAAGUCUCUCUUCUUAUGUUUAGGGAUUAAUAAGAGAACAGAUAAUAUUGUUUAAUUUGAUAUUGUUAAGCAAAUAGAGAUUUAAAUGAAACAACAAUUUAAUUCAUUACUUGAUGUUAUAUUACCAAGUUUGUUAUCUACAAAAUAAAAGAUUCAAAACUUA